AUGGUUCGUGUGGGUCUUCUAAAGAAGAACCCUAAUGUUUUGAAACCCGCUUUCACCAUUCCUCCCAAACUGUUACAAUCCCUUGCAGAAGACCCUAAAUGGGAUGAAAAAGGCAGCGUCGCACAAAACUACAAUUCCUUCGGCGUCGUCAAUGACCAUAACUCCCUCACCGAUUCUCUUCGAGCUCCUCCUUCUGUCUCCGAUGACCCCAACGAUUCCGGCAGUGACCUCGAAGAAGACGAUUUGAAAUCGGCACUGGGAAAGAGAAGAAGAGAUGAUAUGUCUGGAAGAAAACCUUUAUACAGGAAAGCAUUUGUUUUCUUUAGUUCACCUAUUGCCAGAGAAUUGGUGUUGGAGAUUAAGAAAGAUACACUGGUUUUGCCUCGCAUUGGUGCAUUAAGAGAGAUGAAUUUAGAAUAUUUUGCCAUCGACAGUCAGGGUUUCGUUACAAACAAUGAGAGAGCUUUAGAGGAGCUAUAUGGGGACGAGGAGAACAAUAAAAAAGCUGUUGCAUGCUUGAAUGUGAUGGCUACUCGAGUUGCUUCUGUUUUUGCUUCAUUAAGAGAAUUUCCUUUUGUUCGAUUUCAUGCUGCCCGGUCACUAGAUGCGAACACAAUGACUACUCUUCAUGAUCUUAUUCAUACAAAGCUUGCUGCUGGUGUCUGGGACUCUCUUAUGAAAUAUAAAAAAAGUAUACCUAAUUUUCCUCAGACUGAGACAUGCGAGCUGCUUAUCAUUGAUAGAACUAUCGAUCAGAUUGCUCCUUUGAUACACGAGUGGACUUAUGAUGCAAUGUGCCAUGAUUUGUUGAAUAUGGAGGGAAAUAAAUAUGUUCACGAGAUUCCUGGCAAGAAUGGUGGUCAACCUGAGAGAAAAGAGGUUCUGUUGGAAGAUCAUGAUCCUAUAUGGCUUGAACUUCGUUAUGCACAUAUUGCCGAUGCUAGUGUACGGUUGCAUGAGAAAAUGACCAACUUCAUUUCAAAGAAUAAAGCUGCACAGAUCCAACAUGGUUUAAGGGGUAGUGGUGAAAUGUCAACAAGGGACUUACAGAAGAUGGUUCAAGCACUUCCACAAUACAGUGAACAAAUCGACAAGCUCUCCCUCCAUGUGGAGGUUAGUUCUUGA